AUGGGUACAAAACCAGCCACCAAUGAAGUGAUCAAUGGACUCGUCAAUGCACUUUGGGAUGCCGAUGCUUAUGUCACACGAUGUGCCUGUAUAGCGCUCAGAGAAAUGGGUGAAAAAGCAGCCACUAAUGAAGUGAUCAAUGGACUCGUCAAUGCACUUCGGGAUGUCGAUGCUGAUGUCAGACGGCGUGUCUGUGAAGCACUCAGGGAAAUGGGUGAAAAAGCAGCCACCAAUGAAGUGAUCAAUGGACUCGUCAAUGCACUUCGGGAUACCGAUGCUGAUGUCAGAAGAUGUGCCUGUCAAGCGCUCGAAAAAAUGGGUGAAAAAGCAGCCACUAAUGAAGUGAUCAAUGGACUCGUCAAUACACUUCGGGAUACCGAUGCUGAUGUCAGAUGGCGUGCCUGGCAAGCACUCGAAAAAAUGCAUGAAAAAGCAGCCACCAAUGAAGUGAUCAAUGGACUCGUCAAUGCACUUCGGGAUGCCGAUGCUGAUGUCAGAAGAUGUGCCUGUCAGGCGCUCAGAAAAAUAGGUGAAAAAGCAGCCACCAGUGAAGUGAUCAAUGGACUCGUCAAUGCACUUCUGGAUGUCGAUAUUUGUGUCCGACGAAAUGCCUGUCAAGCGCUCAGAAAAGUGGGUGAAAAAGCAGCCACCAAUGAAGUGAUCAAUGGACGCGUCAAUGCACUUCUGGAUGUCCAUGCUGAUGUCAGAUGGGAUGCCUGUAGAGCGCUCGGGGAAAUGGGUGAAAUAGCAGCCACCAAUGAAGUCAUCAAUGGACUCACCAAUGCACUUCUGGAUGUCCAUGCUGAUGUCAGAUGGGAUGCCUGUAGAGCGUUCGGGAAAAUGGGUGAAAAAGCAGCCACCAAUAAAGUGAUCAAUGGACUCGUCAAUGCACUUCGGGAUGUCAAUGUUUAUGUCCGACAAUAUGCCUGUGAAGCACUCGAAAAAAUGGGUGAAAAAGCAGCCACCAAUGAAGUGAUCAAUGGACUCGUCAAUGCACUUUGGGAUACCGAUGCUGAUGUCAGAGGAUGUGCCUGUAAAACGCUCAGGGAAAUGGGUGAAAAAGCAGCCACCAAUGAAGUGAUCAAUGGACUCGUCAAUGCAAUUCGAGAUACCGGUGCUGGUGUCAGACAAUGUGCCUGUGUAGCGCUCGGGAAAAUGGGUGAAAAAGCAGUCACCAAUGAAGUGAUCAAUGGACUCUUCAAUGCACUUCUGGAUGUCAAUGCUUAUGUCCGACGAUAUGCCCGUGAAGCACUCGAAAAAAUGGGUGAAAAAGGAGCCACCAAUGAAGUGAUCAAUGGACUUAUCAAUGCACUUCGGGAUGUCCAUGCUGAUGUCAGAUGGCGUGCCUGUGAAGCGCUCAGAAAAAUGGGUGAAAAAGCAGCCACCAAUGAAGUGAUCAAUGGACUCUUCAAUGCACUUUGGGAUGCCGAUGCUGAUGUCCAACGAUGUGCCUAUGAAGCACUUGGAGUAUUUUUAUAG